UAUACUGCGAAAGGGAAAUUACCUUAUUUCUACAAAAUGAUAGAAGUUAGCGUAGGAGAUAUAGUAAUGCCUGGUGAUAUAGUAAAAGAUAUCAAGACAAGUAAUAAGAAAGAAACGAUUAUCUUGGGACCUGGUCUUCGUCGUGAAGCUGAUACAGUAUUUGCGUAUAAAGCAGGUGUAUUAAGGAAAACAGAACCGGCUGUAUAUUAUGUUGACAGUUAUCAAAAACGUUAUGUACCAAACCGUGGAGAAAAUAUAGUUGGUAUAGUAACACAAAGAGGUGGUGAUAUUUUUAAAGUAGAUAUAGGAGCUAGUGAACAAGCAUCUCUUUCAUAUCUUGCAUUUGAAGGUGCAACUAAAAAAAAUCGUCCUGACAUCCAAGUUGGAGAUCUUGUGUUUGCCAAACUUUUGGUUGCCAGCAAAGAUAUGGAACCAGAACUUACAUGCAUAGAUUCUCAUGGCAAAGAAAAAAAUUUAGGUGCUUUAAGCUCAGAUGGCAUGCUCUUUACUUGUUCCUUGAGCUUGAUCAGAAAAAUAUUAAACAAAAAUUCUCCCUUGUUCAAAACACUUGCACAUAGUCAAGCAUUUGAAGUUGCUGCUGGUAUGAAUGGUAGAGUUUGGGUUAAAGCAAGGACUAUUCAAGAAACAAUAGCAGUGGCAAAUGCUAUUUUAGCAGCAGAAUAUGCUGCACCCAAUGAUAUAAAGAAAUUAUGCUCAGAUAUUGAAAUGACCCUACUUCUAACACAAACAGCCAACACAGAUGAAAUGCAAUAAAAGA